AUCAUUCACCAUACAUUUUCUCUUACUCCUCAUCCAAAAAUGUCUUUCACUUUACCAUCCUUGCCAGCCGGUUUUGAAUCCCAAUUCAAGGUUUCUGCCGCCUACACUGCGCCAGUGCGUCGUCCAGUCGAGCCAGUUGGCCGCUACUUCCUUGCCCACGCGACCAGAUCCAUGAGAGGCCACACCUGGUCCGAGUUCGAGAAAAUUGAGGCCGAGACCAACGUCAAGGUCGUUGAGGAAGCCAUUGAUGAAGAUGACUUCGAUGUCGAACAGUCUGCCGAGUUAUUGUCCCAUGACCCACGUAACUGGAAGACCGCUGAUUUGUACGCUGUCUUGGGUCUUAGCAAGUACAGACACCUUGCCACCGAGGCACAAAUCAUUAAGGCUCAUCGUAAGCAGGUCUUGAUGCACCACCCAGACAAGAAGUCUGCUGCUGGUGGUACCUUGGAGCAGGAUGGUUUCUUCAAGAUCAUUCAGAAGGCGUUUGAGACCAUCAUGGAUUCCAACAAGAGACAGCAGUUUGACUCUGUUGACAAGGCUGCGGAUCUUUUACCACCAAGCGCCAAGUCCACCUACGACUUCUUUACCGCCUGGGCCCCAGUAUUUGCCUCUGAGGCACGUUUUUCCAAGAAACAGCCAGUUCCUGAGUUGGGAACCUUGGAAGACGACAAGAAGACCGUUGAUGCCUUCUACAACUUCUGGAACAACUUUGACUCUUGGAGAACCUUCGAGUUCUUGGACGACGAUGUGCCAGAUGACUCUGCCAACAGAGACCACAAGCGUUACAUCGAGCGUAAGAACAUCGCCGCCAGAAAGAAGCACAAGGUCGAGGACAAUAGAAGAUUGAUUGCGUUGAUCCAGAGAGCCCAGUCCGAGGACCCACGUAUCAAGAACUUCAAGGAUGCUGAAAAGGCUGAAAAGGCUGCCAGAAAGUGGGAACGUGAAGCUGGUGCCCGUAAGGCCGCUGAAGAAGCCGCUGCCGCCAAGGCUGCCGCUGAAGCUGCUGCCGCUGAGGCUGAAGCUGCCGCCAAGAUCGCUAAGGAGGGUGGCAAGAAGGCCAAGGAAGCUGCCAAGGCCGCCAAGAAGAAGAACAAGAGAGCCGUCAGAGCGUCUGCUAAGGACUCUGAGUACUUCGGUGCCGCUGCUGACUCCGAGUCGAUCGAUGCCGAAAUUGACAUCAUGAUUGACUCUUUUGACGAUGCCACCUUGGGUGAGGUUGCCAGUAAGGUUACUGGUGCCUCUGCCGACACUGUCAAGACCACUUUGCAGGGAAUUGCCGCAAAGUUGGUUUCCGAAGGUAAGGUUGCUGCCUCUUCUUUGAAGUUCUUCUCCGCCUAAGCCCAUAAUAAGCCUCUGCAUGGAAUGAAUUCUAUUAACACUUAAUAUUUGUAGUGGGGGAGCAAAACUGUCUAUUGAUGCGGUAGAGAAAAAAAGGGUCGGCGCAUUGAGUAAGCAUCGACAAUUAAAUUCUAAAGCUAAGUUUGGGGGGAUAUUAACGAAACAAGAGGAGCAAGGUGCUGAUUAGACCAUUAGAGCUUAUAGACCAGAUAUCCGAUGCUAAAAAAGUAUACAGAGCUAGGAGGAGAAAAAACCAUU